AUGUUUUGGAUGUGCGACGAGUGUACGAAGCUGAUGAAGGUGGCUCGUUUCCGCACCGUAAUGGAGUCCGUCGGCGAUGUGGUCGACCACAUGCAGGAUGAACAAGACCGCAAAAACUCCGAGCUGCGGGACCUGAUCACUGAGAAUGGGAAGCAGCUGCUGCUGCUCUCCAAGCGCGUCAGCAGCCUAACACCAACUGCCAAUAAAUUAGGUACGCCAAGGAAUAAGCCUACUCCGAAACGUACCCGUGACUCCAAUCCUGUUCCGCCGAAGCCCUUGGUGUUUGGGACGAACGAAGUAGCGAGUGCAAGUGUCACUUGCAUCCCCCCCAGAAGAAAGUCUGUUCCGGCUUGCUACUCCUUCAAGCUGCUUGAGCCGACACAAUCCCGACGGCGACCUACGAGCUGCUGCACCGCCGCAGCCCACGGCAUGUUGGACAUCGGGAUGCACGAUCCAAAGUACCGUGGAAGCCCCGACUCUCUCCGUGCCACUCCCUUAAGGCGUCCGGGACGAGGCCAAAAGUCGCGAUUGCCGUGUAACGAGUCGCUGAACAUCUACUACCAGAACGUCGGUGGCAUGAACACACGAGCUCUGGAGUACUGUCUCGCAUGCUCCGCCGUCUCAUAUGAUGUUAUCGCAGUAACGGAGACCUGGUUAAAGGCCAGCACACUGUCCACUCAAGUUUUCGGGAACGGCUACGAGGUCUUCAGGGGUGAUCGCGAGCAGUUCGUCAACAGCCAGAAGAGAGAUGGCGGGGGCGUUGCUAUCGCGGUUCGUCACGGACUUCGAGCGCGAAUUGUUGUGUCCGAUGAAUGGAAGUGUGCCGAGCAAGUAUGGGUCGCCAUCGAUCUCGAUGACCAUACUGUCUUCAUCUGCGCUGCGUACAUCCCCCCCGAUCAAACCAGCAGUGCAAAUGUGUUUGAAAUCAACGCAGCUUCUGUUUUGGCCGUCUCUGCCAUGGCCCGCCCCUACGAUGAACUCAUCGUCCUCGGAGAUUUCAACCUGCCAGGAUUGAUCUGGCGUCCCAGCGGCGAUGGUUUUCUGUAUGCCGACUCUGCGCUUUCAACCCAGGCCGCGCACGUGACGGAGUUUCUGGACAGCUAUUCCAGCUCCUUGCUUCAACAGAUCAACUCUUUCCCGAACGAAAACAACGUGGUGUUGGACCUCUGCUUUGUCAGCUGCCCAGAUACCGCACCCCCGCUAGUCAUCGCUCCGGCACCGCUAGUUAAGGAUGUCCGGCAUCAUCCGCCGCUGCUGCUGUCCCUGCCGGUCCGUUUGGCCACCGAGCACACGCCAGUUGUUUGUGAAGUCCGCUAUGACUAUCGCAAUUUAGACGUUCCCAGCAUGUUAGAGCUCCUGCAAAGCAUUGAUUGGGAGAACACACUUGACAAGGAUAAUCUCGACGAGGCCGUACAGACCUUUACCAACAUUCUUAGCUACGCCAUCGACAGGCACGUACCUAAGAAACCUGUUACGAACGCUCGUGUUCCAUGGCAAACUAGCGAGCUUAGGAGAGUCAAAGCUGCAAAGAGGUCGGCACUGAAAAAAUUCUCCAAACAUCGGACGUUACCUUUGCACAACUAUUACGUGCGACUCAACAGCUGCUACAAAAGGAUGAGUAGACAGUGUCAUGCCGAUCACGAAGUACGUACCCAGAAGAAACUCAAGUCUAACCCGAAAGGAUUUUGGAAGUACAUCAACGAGCAGCGGAAAGAAAUCGGGUUACCGUCAUCUAUGUUCCUAGGAGACGAAACAGCAUCGAAUACGGAGGAGAUCUGCCAGCUGUUCGCCGAGAAAUUUUCGAGCGUGUUUACGCUAGAGGACCUGCAACCAGAACAAGUCACCGCCGCCGCCAGCAACGUCCCAACAAACGGUCUGGGUCUGAACAGCAUUAGAAUCGAUCGCUCCAAGAUUCUGGAAGCCGUAGCCAAGCUCAAGAUAUCCAACACGACAGGCCCGGACGGAGUUCCAUCGAUUCUCUGGAAGCACGCCUUCAUGUUUCCGGUACACAAGAAAGGUGAUAAACGGAACGUGGACAACUAUCGUGGAAUAUCAGCACUGUGCGCCGUCUCGAAACUUUUCGAGCUAGCGGUCAUGGCUCCAGUUUUCUUCUUCUGCAAAAACCUGAUCAGAGAGGACCAGCACGGGUUUAUGCCAUCGCGGUCAACAACGACGAAUCUACUCACGUUUACGACGUUCGUGACCGACAGCUUCACCGCCAGAUCGCAAACCGACGCGGUGUACACCGACCUGUCGGCAGCGUUCGACAAGCUGAAUCACGCUAUUGCGAUCGCAAAACUGGAAAGGAUGGGAAUCGGCGGGACUCUCCUCAGUUGGUUCCAGUCCUAUCUGGCCGACCGGAAAAUCAACGUCAAGAUUGGAGACUGCUUGUCGGCUGCCUUGAUGGCCUUUUCAGACGACAUGAAGAUCUACUGUCAAGUGAAUAAUGCAGCCGACGCUCAAGCCCUCCAACAGGAUCUGAACAUCUUCGCGGACUGGUGUGAAACAAAUCGAAUGGUCGUCAACCCCACCAAGUGCUCUGUCAUCACCUUCUCCAAGAAACGCAACCCAAUCAAGUUUGACUACCAGAUCUGCGAUUGCAGUGCCCAGCCAUCCUUCGAGGACUAG